AUGCUGAGCAAAUCACCACAUCCAGCGGGACUGGUUUUCUCUCCGCCCUUAUUAACAGCCUCUCUAAUCCGACCAGUGAGGAAGAGACACCCAUCCCUACCACAACGACCGAAGUCACCGGUGCGGAAAAAGCCAUCAGCAGCGAAAGCAGCGACGUUCGCGAUCCUAUCAUCUAGGUUACCCGCCUACAACGCUAGGGGCACGGAUGCAGAUCUCGCCUUCGGCCUAGAAGAGUCAGACAUCAGCAAUGAUAGCAAUUUCUGGACCGAAGGAGGUGAUUCGGUCACGGCGAUGCGGUUGAUUACUGCGGCACGGGAGAGGAAUAUUGCGCUGGACACCGAGACGAUAUUCAAUCAUCUAGUACUUAUGGACAUGGCGAACUCGUGUCGUCCCACGGAGCCGGACAAGGACAGCGAAGUCGACCCUCGGCCAGAAGAGCUCGACAGAAACGUUGUCCAAGCCUGCGCAGAGGCUUGUGGUGUUCAACAAGAUUUGAUCGAGGACAUUUUCUUCGCUGCGAACUUCUGA